AUGAAAACAUCUUCUGUCUCUGCUCUCUACGUUCUCUUCACGGUUCUGAACGCCGGAACUGCAAGUGCCAAAGACAAAGCAGACCCCAUUCUCUUCCUCAGUGAAGACGACAGCUUCAACUUCGACAUUCUCACGGGUCUCGGUCAAAUGGCCAACGACGGCGCAGACAUCAACCCCGUUCUGAGCGUCGCCAAAAAUAUCAUCCCAGGCGAUUUUGAGAGCUACAUCAAUGAAUGGUUCAAUCUUGCAAACGACACCAAGGCCCAAGCGCUUGACCCCAAGAUUGCCUACGAUCCCGUCAAUGUCAGGGCGACUUGGUUCUCCGUGGCGAACUAUUUCCGCCGGGCUGAUGCUUAUAAUCGCGCUGAUUGGGAUGACCCACGUAUCAAUGGGUAUUGGGAUGAGCAGCGCGCUGCUUUUGAUAAAGCUAUUGCUGCUUUGCCUGUUCCAGCGGAACGAGUUGAGAUCCCUGCUGGUGAUUUCAACGUCUCUGGGAUUUGGUACUCUCAACCCUACCAAAACAACCAGACCAAGCGACUCCCGACACUCUUGCUUACUCAGGGCUUUGAUGCUGCCCAGGAAGACCUGUACGCAACUAUUGUUGCUCCAGCACUAGCUCGUGGAUACAACAUCUUCUCCUUCGAAGGUCCAGGACAGCCAACUGUUCGCCGAGAACAAGGUGCUGGCUUCAUCCCCGACUGGGAACGAGUUGUGACUCCUGUCGUCGACUAUAUUCUCUCAGAGAAGUCUGCCUUUGUUAAUCCCCAGAAACUGGUUCUGUAUGGUCACUCUUUCGGGGGCUAUCUCGCUGCUCGUGCCGCCGCAUUUGAACCGCGACUUACCGCCCUGAUGUUGAACGGUGGUAUUUGGGAUGCAUACACUGGAUACGCUGCUCAUCUGACCCCAGAGCUCCGCAAGCUUCUCGAGUCAGGGGAUAAAGAAGCAUUUGACGAAGCCUUAGGCAAAAUCCAGGACGAUCCAGAAAUCCCCACCACGACCAAAUGGGGCAUCCUUCAGGCUCUUUGGUGUUUCAAAACCAAGUCCCCUUACGAAUUUUUCCAGUUGACCAAGAGUUAUAAUCUACGUGGCGGUAUCACAGACCGUAUCCAGAUGCCAGUUUGGAUCGCCGACGGAGAAUUCGAAACACUUCAAUCUGGACAGUCCAAGCCUGUUGCUGAAGCCUUGGGAGAUCGCGCUGAACUUCACAUGUUUAAUGGUACUGCUGGGUAUCAUUGUCAGACUGGUGCUCCUCAGGAAUUUGGUCGGGUGAUUUUUGCGUGGUUGGAUAAGACCCUGAAUCAGGCUUAG